AUGACCCAAGUGACAGAGGACACGCUCACCAAGAUCUCCACAGAUGCCGCCACGGACUUCGUGCAAUCUUUCUACCCCGCCCUCCAAGCCUCCCGAAGCACCAUCGCCUCCUUCUACACUCCACCCCCCACUCUCUGCAAAAUACUCUUCAACGGCAACGUCGUGGCAGACGGCCCCUCGGUGCAAGAAAUCUUCGCAAAACAAAUGCCAACCACCCACUACGAGGUACAGGCCUACGAUUGCCAAAUAAUCAACAUGAAUUAUCCGGGACUUGAUGCAUCAUCGGGCGCAACAGGUGGCAGCAGACCGUUAUCGGGCAGAGCUGUGGCAAGGAAUAUGUCGAUUUUGGUCACGGUUAGUGGGUCUGUGCGGUUUGGGGAGGAGAGGGAUCCCGGGGGGUUGUCGAACCGGGGGUUCAGUGAGACGUUUGUUCUUGUGCCAAAUCCGCAGAGCGAUGGGCAUGGGGGGAGGGCGGCGGGGAAGAAACAUUGGUUGAUUCAGAGUCAGAAUUUUCGGUUGGUUGUGUGA